AUGGCUUCUACCACCGGCAUCAACGACUGGGAGACGUACCUCAAGGGGCUGACGCCAUGUCGGUUUCCACGAUUUGGUCGCGUCUCCGACGACAUGCCAGCUCCAUCCCGACAGACCUCGUCGGUCUGGGUGGAUGUUGAGCAAGCAGAAAAGUUGCGGGAGCUAUCCACCACGGACCCGGACGAGUUCGCUACCGUUAUCCAAACAGCAUGGGCGUUGUUGUUGCGGUGCUACACCGGCCAAGACGACGUCAACUUCGAAUUCCAACGCGGCGGCGGAGGCGGUACCCGGGAACCCACCGUCGCCCGCUUUCUUCUGGACGACACCGAGGCCGUCCUCCGGACGGUGGAACACGCCAAGGCGGAGAACUUCGGCGAUCUUCACCGGGUUCCACCCCGGCUCCUCCGAACCGGAAGCUCGGAUCUGUCAAUUUUUGACACGUCUGUGGUGUUGUGGAGCUUCACAGCCGGAUCGACACCAUGCCCUGUUUUGACACCGGAACAUCACAAGAUUCGGCUGUUAGCAAAGCGCGGCCAGUCCAGCUUGAGCUUGUUUCUUGAAUGGAGUAGCAGCCAUCUCGGCAUGUCUGCCGCACAGGGUGCACUGGUGGCUAGCACGUUGGACAAAAUCCUGUCCGGCAUUGUCACGAGUUCCCCUGAAACUCCCGUGAGUUCAUUGGACUGCAUGAGCCAAAAUAACUUGGACCGUGUUCGCGAGUGGAACGACAGCUACUCGAUCCAGCCGGUAGAGCGCUGUGUCCAUGAUGUGAUUGCGGACAGGGUGCUGGAGCAACCUGAGGCUGAGGCUGUUUGUGCCUGGGACGGCUCACUCAGCUAUCACGAGUUGGAUGCUGCGACGAGUACUCUGGCCUCCUGGCUGGGCACCGUGAUCGAACACCAAGCCUUCUGCUCUAGUGCCAAGGCGCAUGGCCCGGCCCUUCGCAUUGAUGGCACUUGUCGGGUCUUGCAGUUUGCAGCCCACACCUUCGACGCCAGCCUGGUCGAAAUCCUCACGCCGCUGAUGGUGGGAGCCACUGUCUGCAUCCCUGACGAGCAUGAGCGGCUCAACGACCUUGCUGGUGCCAUGAACCGCAUGCGCGUUGAUCACGCCGUGCUUACUCCCUCCUUCAUCAACUUUCUCACUCCAUCCACAGUUCCCAGGUUGCGCAGGCUUGUCCUGGCUGGUGAGGCCAUGUCACGCUCUCACGUCACCACCUGGUCGCACAUUGAGCUCGUCAACGGCUACGGGCCGGCUGAGAGCUCUGUCGCAGCUGUGGUCAACCCCAAUGUCGGACCCCAAACCGAGGCCACCGACAUCGGCUUACCUUGUGGAGUGCGAGUUUGGCUGGUCGAUCCCACCGAUUAUGAUCGCCUGGUCCCCGUUGGUUGUGUGGGCGAGAUGCUCCUCGAGGGCCCAAGCUUGGCAAGGGGUUACUUGAAUGACGCCGCUAAAACAGAGGAGAGCUUCAUCUUCAGCCCGGCAUGGGCUCAGGAUGCGGACAAUGCGCCUCGUCGCUUCUACAAAACGGGAGACUUGGCCCGCUACAACUCGGCCUCUGGCUCUUUCAACUACAUCGGGAGAAAGGACACCCAGAUCAAGCUUCACGGCCAGCGUAUUGAGCUCGGCGAAAUUGAGCACCACCUUGCCGUCGAUGAGGACGUACAACACGCCAUGGUCCUCCUUCCCAAGAAGGGGGCAUUGGAAAAGCGCCUGAUUACCAUCCUCUCACUGUCGGGGCUCACGGUUGCUUCCGCCGACAACCAACAGCCGGGAGCUACUGCCUUGAGUUUGACCGGGAACCCGGCGGCGACCGAACCUAUUCUGGAACGUAUCCGCACACGCCUCAGCGCCCGACUUCCUGCAUACAUGGUCCCGUCUACUUGGCUGUGCGUCGAUGCCAUUCCCAUGCUGGCUUCUCGCAAGAUGGACCGCAAAACCGUUGCCACCUGGAUCGAAACCACGCUUACCGCCGAACAAUGUCAGGAGGUGAUCAGGGAGCAGCAUGCCGCGAAGACCAAAACCACGUCUGGCGGUGCCAAAGCCAACAGCACCCCACUGACCGAGGUUGAGGGCAAGCUCCGUGACAUCUGGAGCCUGGUCCUUAACUUCCCAGCCGACGACAUCGACCCCGAUGACCGUAGCUUCCUCAGCUUGGGCGGCGAUUCUAUUUCGGCUAUGGCCUGCGCGAGCCACGCCAAGAAGGCACGGCUCGGCGUAUCGGUGCAAGAUGUUCUCAAGGCCAAAUCCUUGAGGCAGCUAGCUGCCGUAGCCAAAAUGUUGAGCCAACCAAACGAGAGCCAAGUUGACGGGGAAGAUGAAAUCGAAAAGGGGGUGCUCAAAGUGCCCUUCGAUCUCACGCCGAUCCAGCAGCUACACUUCGAAGUUCGAGGCGGGGCUCACGGCGAUGGGCACUUCAACCAGAGCUUCUGUCUGCGUCUCGCCCGCCGUGUGGGGGUGACUGCUGUCCAAAAUGCAAUCCAGUCUGUGGUCAAGCGCCACGCCAUGCUCCGGGCUCGCUUCGAACGGAGUGAGGACGGAGAGUGGAAGCAGUUCAUCACGCCGGAUGUGGAUGGGUCGUAUCGUCUCCGGACUCAUACCAUAGCCACCCGCGUUGAAGCUGACGCCGGCAUCGCGAGCGCGCAGGGCUGCCUAGAUGCGCGUUCUGGUCCUUUGUUUGCCGCAGAGCUAUUUGAUGUGCAAGACAAGGGCGACCAAAUGCUCUUCAUGACAGCUCACCACCUCGUCAUCGACCUGGUUUCAUGGCGUGUAGUCAUGGAAGAGAUCGAGGAGCUCCUUGAGAACCCCUCAGCGGCGGCUGUUUAUCGAUCACUACCGUUCCGACAGUGGGCAGCACUGCAGACCGACGACUGCACAGGGAGAACUCUUAAGCAGGUCCUCCCGUUUGCCGACCAAGUCCCAGAUCCCCAGUUUGCUUAUUGGGGAAUGGGGAACCGGGACAACUUGUAUGGCGAUGUGGCAUGCCAGGGAUUUGACCUCGACGUCGCCACUACCGACAUUCUCGUCAACGACUGCAAUUCUCCUUUCCGCACUGAGACCGUUGACUUACUCCUGGCAUCGCUCAUUUGGUCCUUCCAAGCCACAUUUUCCGACCGCGCACCACCAGCCAUCUUCAAUGAGGGCCAUGGUCGCGAACCCCCCAACGAAGAAAUCGACAUUGCCCGCACCGUUGGCUGGUUCACGACACUGUUCCCCGUCGCACUCGCUUCACCCGCCACAUUCACCGAGGCGCUCAUCCAAACCAAGGACCUCCGCCGGCGUGUACCGGGCAACGGACGACACUACUUCGCCGCCAGAUUCCACACUCCCGAGGGCCGAGAACAAUGGGCUCGCCGGCACAAGGACAUGGAAGUGUCGUUCAACUUCCUCGGCCGCUACCAGCAGCUCGAGCGCAAAAGUGCCCUGUUCCAGCCCGCCGAGGGUGCCCUCAUGGCUGGUGAGGCACAUCCCGGCAGCCCAACGGCCGACUUUGGAAGCAAGGCACCGCGGUUUUCUCUGUUUGAGAUUUCUGCCGUCAUUAUCCAAGGUGCGUUGCGGUUCGGGUUUGCCUGGAAUGGUAACAUGCAGCACCAGGACCGGAUUUGCGAGUGGGUUGCCAACUGCCGAGGGGUGUUGGCGAAUGCUGCUGCGACGCUGCCAUCUAUGGGGACCAGGAUCACAGCCAGUGACCUCACAUUGCUUCCUGACCUCACACCCACGGAUUUGAAAGCGUUUGAGGACACCACACUGCCGGCUCUUGCCAAGGAACGGGGUUGGGAUGCAAUCGAGGAGAUUUAUCCCGCCUCGCCCAUCCAACAGGGGCUGUUGCUGAGUCGAACCAAAGACGGGAAUUUCUAUGCCGUGCGUAGAACCUUCCAAGUCAAGCUUAACGGCGAAGGCAACAAGACCGUGGAUGUUCAGCGUGUGGUGCAGGCUUGGAAGGACGUUGUCCGUCACCAUGCACUCCUCCGCACCAUCUUCGUCGACGCUAUCAGCCAAACUCGGGCUGGUAGCUACGACCAGGUGGUCUUGAAAGACGUUGAACCCCCAAUGGUCGUACGUAAAUGUCCGGAUGGCGCCGACAUGUCCAGCCUCGUCGACAACCUAGAGCUAGUGGAAUACCGAAACGACGCACCACAACACCGAUUCUCCGUCUCCCACAACCGCGAGGGCGUCGUUUGCACCCUGGAGAUGAGCCACGCCAUCAUGGACGGCGCUUCCAUGGAUAUCCUCCUGCGCGACCUCGGCCGCGCUUACCAAGGGGGUCUCCAGCAUGUCGAAAAGCCGCGGUUCAGCCCCUUCGUCGCCAGCCUGCAGCAGCGCAACCUCGAGGCAGAUGUGGCAUUCUGGAAAACCCAUCUUUCCGGUUUAGAGGCAUGCCACUUCCCCACCCUCAACGACGGCAUCAAUAUUCCCGAGACGGAGAGAAAAAUGUGUACUCUCCGUGUCGACGUCCCUGGCUUGGCCGCGCUGCAGACAUUCUGUAGCGGGGCGGGGUUCACCCUGCCCAACGCCUUCCAUGCUGCUUGGGCUUUGACACUGGCGUUGUACACUGGCACCGAUGAUGUAUGCUUCGGCUAUCUUGUCUCAGGGCGCGAUGCCGCGCUUGAGGGCUCAGAGGAUGCUGUCGGCCCCUUCAUCAACAUGGCCACCCAACGCAUCAAGUUCGCUGGUGAAGGAGAUGACCAGUUCUCUCUUCUUCGCCUGCUUGAGGCGGUGCAGAAGGACCAGCUUGAUAGUAUGCCGUAUGCCCAAACUUCGCUAGCUGAAGUGCAGCAUGCUCUCAACGUGCCGGGUGGGAUGGCUCUGUUCAACACGUGUAUCUCGUACCGUCGUCGCCAACCGAAGACGGAUACGGCAGAGAGUUCGCUUGUCUGUGAAGACCUGGGAGCUCUUCACGACCCGACGGAAUACCCCAUUUCACUCAACGUUGAGAUCGACGACGAGGGAGGCGCCGUCAUUGACCUCGAUUACUGGGCGGAUGAGGUGGCCCCGGCCCAAGCACAGCAUGUUGCCGCGGCCUUUUUGCAAGCCUUGCGCAACAUUGCUGAGAAUCCCGAAACACCCCUCUCGCAGCUAGAUAACGUCCACAGCACCAGCAAGGAGCACGUCUGGGCCUGGAACGCCAAGAUGCCGGCCACCACCGCCGACUGCGUACACCGCAUGGUGGAGAAGCAGGUGGCUCUCCGUCCCCAGUCCCAAGCUAUCCGUGGUUGGGACGGCGACUUCACGUACGAGGAGAUGAACAACCUGGCCAAUCGCCUGGCACGUUACCUUGUCGACUUUGGAGUCGGCCCCGAGACAUUGGUACCUGUGUGCUUCGACAAGUCUGCCUGGACAACCAUCUCCAUGCUUGCCGUCAUGAAGGCAGGUGGUGGAGUGGUACCUCUUGAUGCCACUCACCCUGCGUCAGCACUGGAAGGCAAGGUGGUUGAUGCCGGCGCCCAGGUCGUGGUUGCAUCAGAGUCCAGGGCCAUGAUGUUCGAGGCUAUGGUGCCAUACGUGGUGGCCGUCGGUCCCACCCUGUUGUCUCAACUCCCUGCCUCAGCCGACAACGGAGAUAUCCAGUCGGGAGUCACACCCGAAAACCCCGCCUUCAUCAUGUUUACUUCCGGCAGCACCGGCAAGCCCAAGGGCGUUGUUCUUUGCCACGACGCCCUCGUUUCGAGCUGUCUGGCGCACGGUUCCGCUCUUGAUCUCGGUCCCCAUACCCGCUUUCUCCAGUUCGCCGCACACACUUUCGACAACAGCAUCGAGGAGAUGUUCACAAAUCUUAUCCACGGCGGCUGUGUGUGUGUACCGUCGGACGUGGACCGCCUUGGUGAUCUACCUGGAGCUAUCGACAGACUUGACGCCAACUUCAUGGACCUCACCCCGACGGUGGCGGCAAUGCUGCGGCCUGAGCAGGUGCCCAAGAUUAAGGGCAUGGCUGUUGGCGGUGAGGCCCUGACCCGCGAGGUGCUCGAUAUCUGGGGCGGCGUCAUUCCUGUGCACAACCAGUACGGACCGAGCGAAUGUUGCAUCAAUUCGGCACACAAGCUCCAUCUCGACAAGAACGGCGACGUUGGCAGCAUCGGAACCAAUGUUGGUAGUGUCUCGUGGGUGGUUGAUCCCAAGAACCACGAUCGCCUCGUGCCCGUUGGGUGCGUGGGCGAGCUUCUGAUCGAGGGUCCCAUCCUUGGCCGAGGCUACCUCAAUAAGCCCGUCGAGACGGCCAGAGCCUUUAUCGAGAUGCCAAAGUGGGCGCCCGAAGACCCUCACCACCAAGAGAGGGGCAAACGGAGGAUGUACAAGACAGGCGAUCUGGUGCGGUACAAUUCCGACGGCGCGCUCAUCUAUCUCGGGCGCAAGGACACCCAGGUCAAACUCCACGGUCAGCGGAUUGAGCUGGGUGAGAUCGAGCAUCACGUCAAGCGCAACCUGCCGUCUGCUGCACAGUCCUCGGUUGAGCUCGUAGUUCCUGCGCAGUCCAAGAAAGCGUUGGCGGUUUUCGUCUGUCUCUCGUCUUCCCAGACCGAUGAGGAGGUCCGAAUCCUCCCCAUGGACGCAGCAUUUCAGUCGCUAGCUCAGGGCAUCGUGGGGGCUAUGAGCAGUCAGGUCGCUUCCUACAUGGUGCCCCGAUUGUUCUUCCCUGUCUCCCGGAUGCCACUCACCUCAUCGGGCAAACUUGACCGGCGGUCAUUGCGGACCAUGGCGCAGGCAUUGCCCAAUACUGUCGACUAUCGCCUGGGGACCGAGACCUCCGGUGGACGUGCGCCAGAGACGCCAAUCGAGAUGGACCUCCAGGAACUGUGGGCAGCGGUGCUCAAUGUGGCUGCCAGCUCCAUCACCGCGGACGACAGCUUCUUUACCCACGGCGGGGACUCGGUUGGUGCUAUGCGCCUCGCUGCUGCAGCUCGCCAAAGGAACAUUGUCCUCACCGUGGCUAAUAUUUUCAGCGCGCCCAAGCUCGCUGAUAUGGCAAAGACUGCGACAGGAAGUGGCGUCGACGCCGGUACUAACACAGGAGAUAACCGUGACAGCACCAGCCCCAAGGAUGAACCUCUCCCUGGCCCGGUGGAACAAUACUCGUUACUCAAGGACAACGGCUCCAUGACAGCGCAGGAGUUGCGGGACCAUGUGGCCUCCAUUUGCCGCAUUGAUGUCGACUCUGUUGAGGACAUCUACCCCUGCACCCCCCUGCAAGCAGGCCUGGUUGCUGCAUCCCAAAGGCAGCCCGGCGCGUAUGUGGCUGUCAACUUCUACGAGCUGCCUUCCGGGGUGGAUAUCACGCGGUUCAAGCGGGCGUGGCAAGAGGUUGUCAACUCGGAGGCCAUCUUGCGAACGCGGGUCGUAUUUGUUGAGAACAUCGGCUUCUUGCAAGUUGUUGUCCGGGGUGAAAUAAACUGGACCUCGGCCUCAAGCUCCAGCAACAUCCCGGAGAGCCAUCGUCAUUUACCGCCUCACGAUGGCGGUAUCCUUUCUCGAUACACCAUCAUCAACGAGCACAGCCUCCGCCCAACGUUUGGUUGGACUGCGCACCACGCGGUCUACGACGGCUGGAGCUUGCCAUUGCUCCUGAGCCGCGUCGAGGAGCGGUAUCAGCACCCAGAGGCGGCUUUGACCCCAACACCACAUUAUUCUCGCUUCGUGGAGCACCUGUCCGCUCACGAUGCUUCCGCUUCAGACGCCUUCUGGACUGAGAAGCUCGCCGCCCCCAACAUCACCCACUUCCCGCAGCUCCCUCAUCCGGCCUACCGCGUCCAAGCCACCAGCCAAGUCACCCGGCCAGUGCGCUUCACCAAACCCAAGGGAGUCAACCUAACAAUGUCAUCCUUCCUCCGCGCGGCAUGGUCCCUCGUCGUAUCCAUCUACGCCUCCUCCUCCGACAUCGUUUUCGGCGAGAUCCUCAACGGCCGUGACGUCCCUGUCGCUGGGAUCGAAGACCUCGUCGGACCCACGCUAGCCUCUGUCCCGCGGCGCGUCCGCAUCGACCAGGACCUGACCAUCCGGCAACUCCUCGUCGACGUCCAAAACCAACUCAACGACGUCACCCCGCACCAGUUCGCUGGCCUGCAGCGCAUCAAGAGCCUCAGCGUGGCCACCUCGGCCGCGUGCGACUUCAAGAACCUGCUGGCUAUCGACAUGGCCGACGAGGUCGCCGAGACCAGCAGCCUGUGGGGCAACCUGACGGGCGGCGGCACGGCGCAAGGGGCAGAUUUCUUCAGUCUGCCGCUGAAUGUUACGUGUACGCUAGGCCGCGGCGGCAGUGGCGGGGUCGAGGAGAUUGAGAUGCGUGCUAUCUUUGAUGCUGAGGUCGUUCCGAGGUGGCAGGUCAUCCGCAUGUUGGGGCAGUUUGAGGCGGUAUUGGAGAGGUUGUCCGCUCCCGAGAGCCAGGGGGUGAAGGUCGGGGAUGUGGAUCUGCUCAGCCUGGAGGAUAAGGCUGUGAUUCAGGAAUGGAAUAAGACACCUGGCCCGCUGGUGGAGCGGCGGGUUCAUGAUAUGAUCUCGGAGGAGAUGGUUCGUCGGGGUGGUUCCGAGACGGCGGUGGUCGGCUGGGACGCGACCUUGACGAACGGCGAGCUGGAUGCGCUCUCGACGGCACUGGCAGGUGAGCUUUUGGUGAGGGGUGUUGGUGCUAACGGAAGCAGGUUUGUGCCGUUCUGCUUUGAGAAGUCGACGUUCGCCAUCGUGGCAAUGCUUGCUGUGCUCAAGGCCGGCGCUGCGUUUGUUCCUCUCGAUCCGGCACACCCGGUCGGUCGGCUCAGGGAUAUUGUUGGCGACUGCGGGGCUGACGUGGUUCUGUGCUCGCCGAAAUACGAGAGCCUGUGUGCCGAUGUCGUUCCGACGGCCAUUCCCAUCGAUAUGGAGAUGCUGAAGAAACUCGAGAAAAAGUCGACAUCAAUUGUGGCCAUGGAAGGAAAGCCAAAAGGAACAAUCGUCUCUCACACGGCCUUCUGCUCCGGUGCUGCCGCCCAUGGCCCCGCGAUGCUCAUGAUACCCCCUUUCCGAUUCCUGCAGUUCGCAUCCUACACAUUCGACGCCUCCUUGGUUGAGAUUUUGACAACCCUCAUUUUUGGCGGCACCGUGUGCGUUCCUCGGGAAGAGGACCGCACCAACGGCAAUAUCACUACCGUCAUGGAGGAGAUGGGAGUCACCAUGACCCUACUCACGCCCUCGUUUGCCCGCGUCCUCGAGCCUUCAAGCGUGCCGCACCUCAAGACCCUGAUCCUCGGAGGAGAGGCUAUGGCCCAGACCCAUCUCGCCACUUGGGCCGACAAAGUGAGCUUGGUUAACGCCUACGGCCCGAGCGAGUGCGCUGUUGUUGCAACAGUCAACUCCCACAUGCGUCCCUCGUCAAACCCGGCGAACCUAGGAAGAUGCCUUGGCCGCUGCUGGAUCGUUGACCCUCAGAACCACAACCGACUCGCGCCUCUUGGCUCCAUCGGCGAGCUACUUGUUGAAGGUCCCACCUUGUCGGCCGGCUAUCUUAAGAACGAGUUGAAGACCCGAGAGGUCUUCAUUGAAAAUCCUCGUUGGGCCGCGGACACAACCCUGCGCUAUCCGGACAUGCCGUCAGCCACACCGCGUCGCAUGUACAAGACUGGGGAUCUCGUCCGCGUGUGUGACGAUGCCUCAGGCGAGAUGGUCUACAUGGGCCGGAAAGACGCCUCGCAAGCCAAACUCAACGGUCAACGCCUGGAACUUGACGAGAUCGUUCACCACCUCGCUGCUGAUGAUGCCGUCCGCCACGCUGUUGUUGUACUUCCCAAGAGCGGGCCUUGCGUCAAGCGUCUCGUGGCUGUUCUCUCGCUCCGGGCAAUCACUGCUGGUGGUCCCGGCAAGUUUGAGUUGGUGACUUCAGACGAGGCAUCUUCUACUCUGGAGCAAGUGCAGGACCGCCUGAGAGAGAAGGUUCCCGCCUACAUGGUUCCCUCAACCUGGAUCGCCCUUCACAACAUUCCCCUGCUGCCAUCCGGGAAACUUGACCGCAACAGUGUAGCCCGUUUUGUGGAAGGCAUUACCGAAGAGGUACUUGACAAGGCCAACGGCGCCCGCUCCCCUGGUCCGGCACAAGCGACCGAAAGCACCUCCCCACAACAGUCUCUCCCCAUCGACGAGAGACUGAAGUCUAUCUGGAGCCAGGUCCUCAACAUUUCAUUGGAAAGAAUCGGCCGAAAUGUCUCGUUCCUUCACCUCGGAGGCGACAGCAUCACCGCCAUGCAGGUUAUGGCAAAAUGUCGAGCGCAGGGUAUCCGCAUCGCUGUCGCGGAUAUCAUCAGCAGCAAAUCCGUUCACGACCUUGCUCUCAAGGCCCGCGUUCCCAGCACCCAGCAGCAAAUUGCCGCCACCGCGAUUGCUGGUGAGGAUCAGCACGAGUUUGAGCCAUCGCCCAUCCAGCAGUUGUACUUUCAGCUCAUAUACGUGAGCGACAACAAGGAAUCCUCUGUCAAGUCCCACGCCCAGUUCAACCAAAGUGUAUUGCUGCGGCUGGACAAAAACGCGAGCUCCGACCAGCUGGCACGCGGUAUCCAUGCCUUGGUUGAGACACACUCCAUGCUCCGGACACGCUUCCGCCGCGACGGCACGGGUAGCUGGCGCCAACGCAUCACCUCGGACAUCAGUGGAUCGUACCGUUUUAAAACGCACGUUAUUGGAAACGCGAGCCGCAUGGAGAAACGCAUCCAGAAUUCUCAACAGGCACUCAACUUCCAGCAGGGCCCGCUCUUGGCAGCGGACUGGUUCAGCGUUGGAAAAACCAACAGCGAGGUCUACGUCUUCAUCACCAUCCAUCACUUGGCGGUUGAUGUUGUCUCCUGGGGCAUCCUGCUCCAAGACUUGGAGGACUUCCUCGCCAAUGGCAACAUAAAACCUCCGACAUCCCUGUCCUUCCAGACCUGGAUUCGGAAACAAUCCGAGAACGCUCAGGCAGAGAAGAACGGGUCGGCCCUGCUCCCACACCAGGAGGCCUCGGACGCGGACCUGGAAUACUGGGGGAUAGCCGGGAUGACAAAUGUCCACGGCGAUGCGAUUUACGCAACUGGCAUUGAACUCGACAAUGAAACAACAGCCCUGCUUCUAGGCCCGCAAUGCCACGCCGCACUUCAAACCGAGGUACUCGACAUUCUCCUCGCUGCCCUACUCCUGUCCUACCGCAACGCAUCGGGAGGUCGUCGCGGAGUGCCCACCAUCUACAACGAAGGCCACGGUCGUGAGGUCUGGGACGAUGCCAUGGACCUAUCCCGCACCGUGGGGUGGUUCACCACGCUGUAUCCAGUUCAUCUCCCGGACGAAUCGUCUUCUGAUGAUGAAAUUGUCAGCGCCAUCCGAUGGGUCAAGGAUUACCGAAAGCGCCUGACCGGAAAAGGACGCCCCUACUUUGCCUACCGUCUUCUCACAUCCGAAGGACAUGAGAAGUAUGACGGUGGUUGGCCAGUCGAGGUUGCCUUCAACUACCUCGGUCAGAUGCAACAGCUCAGCCGGGCCGACACCUUUCUCCAAUCCGUUGAUAACGGCCAAGGUAUCAACACAUCAUCCGACGUCGGUAAGGACGUGCCCCGCUUGGCGCUGGUCGAAGUCUCGGCUGUUGUUGUUGGCGGGAGGAUGACACUGUCCUUUGCCUACAACAAGCACAUGAAGCACCAGGACUCACUUGGCAGAUGGGUCAAGGAAUGCCAGUCUCUUCUGCAGGACGUUCCCCGGAGGUUGAUGCAGCACACGCCUGAGAAGACUCUCAGCGCGUUCCCGCUACUCCCUCUUGCAUAUUACGGCCUGGAGAAUCUCGACCAGAGACUCCAGGAACUUGGCGUCAAGCUGCAAGAUAUUGAAGAUGUCUAUCCCUGCUCUCCCAUGCAGCGUGGCCUGCUUCUCAGCCAAAUCAAAGACCCGGAAAAGUAUGGCUACAAGGCCACCUUCCAGGUUGAGUCUCCCAAAGCAGGGAAGGUCGACCCGGAGCAGUUGUGUAACGCAUGGCAAUCCGUGGUCCGUCGUCAUGCGACCUUGAGGACCAUCUUUGUCGACAGCGUGGGUGGCGAAGGUCUGAUGGACCAGGUGGUCCUCCGCGACGCCCCAGGCCGAGUCCUGAUACUCAAGUGUGAGACGGAUGAUGAUGCCGUGCACACGCUGCAGACGAUGAGCUGCAUUAACUACAACGAAAAGAAGCCACCACACCGUCUCUCGAUCUGCGAAGCCAACACCGGACAUGUCUUUUGCCGUCUCGAUAUCAGCCACGCCAUCUCGGAUGGCUCUUCAAUGCCGAUCAUCCUCGACGACUUGACCUCCGCCUACGGUCAGGACAUGAGCAGCAAACCUGUGCCGCUGUACCGCGAUUACAUUGCCUACACCCAGUCGCAGCCCCGGAGCGAGAGCAUUCGAUACUGGAAAGAUUACUUGAGCGGUGCCGAGCCUUGUCUGUUCCCCGUGCUCUGCGAUGGAGAGCCAGAAACGGAGUCAUCGCUUGGUGCACAUGCCAUUACUCUCAACGGUAUUGCCGCGAUCAACGACUACUGCAUGAACUCCGGCAUCACCUUGUCCACCCUACUCCAGUUCGUGUGGGCGCUGGUUAUCCGGUCGUACACGGGCUCUGACGAGGUUCUGUUCGGCUACCUCGCCUCAGGUCGGGACGUUCCCGUUGCCAACAUCGAGCACGCCGUGGGCGCCUUCAUCAACAUGCUCGUCUGCCGGCUCCAAAUCCCGGCCAACCUCGAGGUUGGCGAAGCACUUGACACGAUGCAGACGGACCUUGCAGAUGCCAUGGCCCACCAAAGCUGCUCCCUGGCCGAGAUGCAACACGAGAUGAAGACUUCGGGCGCGAUGCUGUUCAACACCGGUUUCACAUACCAGAAGCGCGCCGAAAUUGACCAAGGUCAAGCACAGCAAUCCUCGCCGUCCGCGCUGCGAUAUCGUGUCCUAGAUGCCGAGGAUCCGAGCGAGUACGGGGUCGCGGUUAACGUCGAAGCGACCAACAAGACUGUCGAAGUCCACUUCAGCUACUGGAAGAACGUCGUUUCAGACGCACAAAUUAAGAACGUUGCAGCCACCUUUGAGCAGGCUUUGCAGGACCUGGUCGCUGAUGGAGCGGAGGACCGUACCGUCGGAGAAUUGGACCUCGUGGGCCACGCUGGGAUUGAACAAAUCAUCGCCUGGAACGACUACGAACUGCCCCGCGUCGAGCAGUGCGCGCACAAUAUCAUUGAGCAGCACGCUCUUCUCCGUCCGGCCUCAACUCCCGCAGUGUGCGGCUGGGACGCGUCGUUUACCUACCGUGAACUGGAUGAAUCGGCUACCAUUCUGGCCCGCCACUUGGUGGCCCAGGGUGGUGUUGGGCCUGAAGUAUUCGUUCCAUUAUGCUUCGAGAAGUCGGCCUGGACUAUUGUCGCACAGCUUGCUGUUCUGAAGGCCGGUGGUGCCUUUGUGAACCUCGACCCCAGCCAUCCCAGCAGCCGGCUUGAAAGUCUCAUCCAAGAUGUCGGCGCCAAUAUCGUGCUCUGCGCGCCGAAACACAAAGCAAAGAUGGAUGAGAUUGCAACUAACGUGUUUGUCCUCGACGCUGAAUCCAUUCGGACGCUCAGCGAGGCGGCGCCUUCAAACGUCGCGCCCUUCGCCUCGACUGCAAAGCCAUCUAACCCAGCCUACAUCAUCUUUACUUCCGGAACAACAGGCAAGCCCAAGGGUACUGUCAUCGAACAUGGCGCCUUCUGUACCGGCGCAACCGCGCACGCCAAAGCCAUGUUCAUGCAUUCCGACUCUCGCGUCUUGCAGUUCGCCUCAUACACCUUCGACGCCAGCAUCAUGGAGACCCUGUCGUGCCUCCUGGUUGGUGGGUGUGUCUGUGUCCCGUCGGACGAGGACCGGAUGAACGACGUUUCUGCCGUCAUCCAGAAUAUGGGCGUCACCUGGACGCUGCUCACGCCCUCUGUGGCAAGCACCGUCAAGCCCGAAAGUGUCCAAUGCCUCAAGACCCUCGUCACUGGUGGAGAAGCCAUGGCCGCUGGUCACAUCGCUCGCUGGGGCACUCAGUGCGCACUCGUCAACGCUUACGGGCCCACCGAGUGUUCGGUGGUAGCAACCACUAGCACCAAGGUCGAUGAGUCGCACCGUGUUUGCAACGCUGACCGCUCCAACAUUGGCACUGCCGUUGGAGGCCGCGUCUGGGUUGUCGACGCGCAGAACCCCGACCAGCUCGUCCCAGUUGGUGCAGUUGGUGAGUUGGUGGUCGAAGGACGACUGGUAGCACGUGGCUAUCUCAACAACAAGGAACAGACCGACAAAGUCUUUAUCCGCUCACCGGAGUGGACACAACACCCAAACUUCCCGAAGUCUAUGGGGCUCAACGAGGAGAAGAUGUACCGAACGGGCGAUCUCGUGCGCUACAACUCGAACGGGUCUAUCUCAUACAUUUCCCGCAAGGAUACGCAGAUCAAGUUGAACGGCAGACGCAUUGAGCUCGGCGAAAUCGAGUUCCACUGCCGAGCCGGUCUCCCAGAUGACGCACAGUCAGCCGUCGAGGUGGUGUUGCCGGCCACCAGCCGCGCCGCAUCCAAGGCCCUCGCCGUCUUCUUCACCCUUCCCAGCAACGCACCCUCCACGCCGGCCUUUUCCCUUUUGCCCGUCAACGAAUCCAUCCGCAAACUCGCCGCGGCAAUGGAAAGCCAUCUCUCUGGAAACCUCCCCUCUUACAUGGUCCCCCAACUCUUUGUCCCCGUCUCCACCAUGCCCUGGACAACCGCAGGCAAGCUCGACCGCAGACAACUCCGCCAGGCCCUCGAAGCAGCCAGCCGCGAGAUGGUAUCCGGGUACCGACUCUCCGCUGCCGCUGCCGCUGCCGCCGCCGCCAAGAACCAGGGCCCGGCGACAGCAACGGAGAAGAAGCUGCAGGGUCUGUGGGAGGCUGUGCUUGGCCUCCCCGCGGGCUCGGUCGGGCCUGGGGAUAGCUUCUUCCGCGUUGGUGGUGACUCACUGUCGGCCAUGCGUCUGGUUGGCGCAGCGCGCGCCCACAAGAUCGUGCUCAGUGUGUUGGACGUCUUUCAGAAGCCCGUCUUGACGGACAUGGCGCGCGCCUGUGGUGUUGCGGAGGUGGUGGUUGACCCCGUGCCGGAGCUGAAGCCGUUUGACCUAACGUCGCGCUCCCGAUCGGCGCACGAUGAGCUCGUCGAUGAGGUUGUUUCUCAAUGCAAGAUCUCAGGGGACCAGAUUAACGACAUGUACCCCUGCAGCCCGCUCCAGGAGGGUCUUGUCACCCUCGCCAAAGCACAAGCGGGCGCAUACGUCGCGGUGAACACCUUGAGGCUUCCGAGCCAUGUUGACUUGGACCAGUUCAAGGCGGCUUGGCAGGCGGUUGUCGACGAGACUGAUAUUCUGCGCACACGAAUUGUGCACACCGCCACGUCAGGCUUCAUGCAAGUUGUUGUCGCGCCGGAGCCGAUCCAGUGGCACGAUGAGCUGUCAUUGAAGGAAGCGGUCCUCAGGGGACAAGCGCUCGGCUCGCAGACUGGAGGCGCACUCGCCAGGUAUGCCAUUGUCAACGGCCCUGAAGGUCGUCUCUUCGUCUGGGGCAUUCACCACGCUCUCUACGACGGAUGGAGCUUGCGCCUCCUUGCGAGACGAGUUCAGGACGUGUACAACAACAUUGCCUCUGUGCCCCCAAAGGCUAUCGCAACUACUCGCGCCUCCUACGCCAACUUCAUCCGGUACCUCGCGGGUAGGGAUAUAAUCGCCUCCGAGACAUUCUGGAAGGAGUCCCUGGACGGCGCCUCCGCCAUCGCACACUUCCCGCAACUCCCGGCCACCACUGCGAAUAAGACUGAGACUCCGAACUUCAGAUCAGAGACCCGCCGGGUUGACAUCCACCGCCGGGGUGCCCUGAGCGACAUCACCGUCCCCACCCUAAUCCGGGCAACAUGGGCCAUUCUCCAGGCAGCCUACACCGGAAUGGACGAUGUUGUCUUUGGAGAGACACUAGCGGGCCGCAACAUUGACGUCCCUGGUGUUGUCGAAAUGGCUGGGCCGACCUUUACCACCAUUCCAACGAGAGUACGACUGGAUCGUGACAUGCGUCUAGGUGAUUUCCUGCAGCGACUGCACACCAUGGCAAGCCAAGUCGUCCCUCACCAGCAUCUGGGUCUUCAGCACAUCAAGAGACUCAACUCGGAUUGCUCAGGCGCCUGCGACUUCCAAACCCUACUUGUGAUCCAGGCCGCCUCACCCACUUCGGGCCAAGAGGGAUCCCAGGAAGCCGAUUGGGACUUCCAAGGAGGUUCCUCAACUGACAGCUUCUUCACCCAUCCGCUCGUGGUGGAAUGCUCCACCACUGAGACGAGCAUCGAGGCCACCUUCCACUACAACGAGAAAGUGCUGUCUUCAUGGCAAACAAAGCGCCUUGUUUACCAGUUCGACGCCGUCCUGAAGCGUCUGCUCGAGAAAUCCGCAAACAAGGACGCCACUUUGGCCGAGAUCCCAGCCAUCAGCCCCGAAGACCAGUCUCUCAUCGCAAGGUGGAACCGCGCCAACAUGCAAGAGACAGUCGACUCGUGCAUUCACCAUCUUUUCCUGGCCCGGGCGGCUGAACAACCCGAACGGGUUGGCGUCAGCGCCUGGGAUGCCGAGCUGACAUACGGCGAGAUCCGUGAAUAUGCGUCUCGUCUUGCGCUCCACCUCAACCAGCAUGGCGUUAAGGAAGAGACUCUGGUACCCGUUUGUCUCGAACGCUCGGCUUGGUCGAUCGUUAUCCUAAUAGGCAUCUUCAUGGCUGGUGGCGCAUUCAUCCCGCUCGAUCCAGCUCACCCCGUCAACCGACAAAAGGAGGUUUUGGAGACCAUCGAACCUGCUCUGAUGGUUUGCAGUCCCGAAUACGCCUCUCGAUUUGUUGGCCUUGUCAACACGCGUAUCUCCGUUGAUGGCACCAUGCUCCGCAGCCUUCCUCCAUCUCACGGUCAAACGCCUGCUAUUGUCACCAAUCCUGGUAACACGGCCUAUGUGCUCUUCACAUCUGGCAGCACAGGCCGUCCCAAGGGCGUUGUGGUGGCUCAUCGCGACUUCUGCAGCAGCUCGGCCGCCUUCACUCGCGUGUGCAACAUGAACGCAUCCUCGCGCGUCUUCCACUUUGCCUCCCUAACAUUCGAUGCCGCACUCCUGGAAGUGGUGACACCGCUCACAAUCGGUGCUUGCAUCUGCGUCCCCACGGCACACGACCGACUCCACAAUCUGGGAGCGGCCAUGGCUCGCCUGCGCGCCACAUGGGCUUUCCUCACGCCGUCCGUCGCCAACCUCCUCAACCCCGACCUCGUCUGCCCGACAUUCAAGACCCUGGUCUGCGGCGGCGAGGCCAUGCUCGCCGAGACCAUCCAACGCUGGGCAGACCGCGUUGAGCUCAUGAACGGCUACGGGCCCACCGAGACCUGCGUCUUUGCCGUCAUCAACCCGAAUGUUUCCAAGGAAAAGGACCACACCACCAUCGGCCGCGGCACCCCCGCCGCACGGCUGUGGGUCGUCGACCCCAACGAGGGCUGCAACGACCGCCUUGCGCCCGUCGGUGCCAUCGGCGAGCUGGCCAUCAGCGGACCCCUCAUGUCCCGCGGCUACCUCGGCGACGCCGAGAAGACCGCCAAGGUCUUCGUCGACAACCCCGGCUGGGCCAAGAGAGAACUCCUUGCCGGCGCCGCCCCGCCCACGCGCAUCUACCGCACCGGUGAUCUCGUGCGGUACCGCGCCGACGGCGCCAUCGAAUUCUUUGGUCGUAGGGACGGCCAGGUCAAGGUCAAUGGCCAGCGCAUCGAGCUCGGCGAUAUCGAGAGCCAUUUGUCGGCGGACCGGCAUGUGCGUCUUGGUGCUGUGGUCCAGCCGAAGAAGGGGCCGUGCAAGAAGCAGCUUGUUGGUGUUGUCACUUUGGAGAGUGCGCAUCGUCCUGCGGGGGCUUCUGAUGGUUGCGCGCCCCUGAGUGGUUCAAAGGAGGAGAUGGCCCGAGCCCGUUCCGAUAUUGCUGAUAUCCGGGCUCGUCUGGCCGAGUUGCUCCCGCAUUACAUGGUUCCGGCCGCGUGGAUCGUGCUCGAGACCAUGCCUGUUGUUGUGUCGGGCAAACUGGACCGGCGGAGAGUGGCUGGGUGGGUUGAGGGGCUCGAGGUCGCCGAGUACGAGCGUAUUGCUCUGAGCCUUGGCAUCAGUGAAGGGGGUGAAGGUGAAGAAGAGGAGGUGGAUAUGACUGGACCUGUCAAGACACUGAGGGAGAUUUGGGCGAAGGAACUGAACAUGCCUGUGGAGCGUGUCAAACUCAAUCAACCCUUCCUUGGUCUCGGUGGAGACAGUAUCAGGGCCAUGGGUGUUGUCUCGCGGGCUCGCAACGCAAAGAUCAAGCUGUCCAUUCAGGACGUGCUCCGGUGCAAGUCCAUCGUCCACCUUACGCAGUUGGCCAAGAGCCUUCCUUCGUCCUCCUCCGCAACCAUCCGCGAGGAGGAAACCGAACAGCCUUUCGCAUUGUCCCCCGUUCAGACCAUGUAUAUGAAAUCGGCCGUUAAGCAUGCCGGCGACGCUCGCUUCAACCAAAGCUGUACGCUGGGUGUUCCCCGCCAGGUCACCAACGACGCGAUCAAGAAGGCUAUCAAUUCCAUUGUCGAACGGCACGCCAUGCUUCGGGCGCGCUUUUCCAGGAUGCAAGAUGGCAGAUGGGAACAACGCAUCUCAAAGAUGGGUCCUACAACCUACACCUGCCUGGAGCAUCAACUGCACUCUCGCGAUAAUAUGAAAUUCAUUGUUGCAGCAGCACAAGCCAGCCUGUCUGUCGAACACGGCCCUGUGUUCAGGGCCGACUUGUUCGACGUGGCUGAUGAAGAUCUCACCAUCAUCUCCAUGGUUGCUCACCAUCUCUGCGUCGAUAUGGUUUCCUGGCGCAUCGUUGUGCAGGACCUCGGCCAGAUCUUGGAGACUGGUUCUCUUCCAUCUGAGAUGCCUCUAUCUUUCCGGUACUGGUGCGCCCACCAGUCCGCGGACAACAAAACAGCCGAUGUUGAGACUCUGCUCCCGUUCAAGGAGAUGUCGCCUGAGCUGGGCUACUGGAACACUCAAGGACCACUCACAUAUGGCAGAACGACCACCGAUAUCUUCACACUUGAAGCUGAUACGACAAAGCUUGCUCUGGAAGAGUCCCACCAAGCCUUCAGGUCAGAGCCUGUCGACUUAUUCCUGGCGGCCAUUACCCACGCCUUUGCGAGGACAUUCCCAGACAGGGGUGUGCCGACACUGCACGUUGAGAGCCACGGCCGCGAGGCUCCCGAGGGCUCCAACCUUGACUUGUCACAGACAGUCGGUUGGUUCACCACAAUCUGCCCCGUGGCUGUCCCUGACCACGGCCGCCACCAUAAUGCGCUCGACACCCUGCGACGGAUCAAGGAUGUACGCCGCAGUAUCCCAGGUCACGGCAGACCUUACUUCGCUCACAAGUACCUCGGACUGGCUGCUGAUGACGCAUGGUCUCCUAUGGAGGUCCUGUUCAAUUACCUCGGCGGCGGGGUGGGCGCCCAGCAAACUGAGCAAGACGACUCCCUUGUUCGCCAGGUCAGCCUCGAGGACACCGACCUGAGCACCGCAGAUGUUGGAUCCGAGACGAGGAGGUUGGCUCUCUUUGAGAUCUCCGCCAUGGUGGUCGACAACAAGCUGCACUUCAGCUUUGUAUACGACACCAGCCUCGGCCGUGUGGGAGAUGUUCGCAAAUGGAUCGCCGCUUUCCGACACACUCUUGAGGACAUGACCAGGACUCUCUCGCAACACGCUGCUGAGCCGACUCUGAGCGAUUAUCCGCUCCUGCCAAUGACCUACCACUCCCUCCGCACCCUUACCGAGGUUGCCCUCCCUCGCGUCGGUAUUGACCGGGCCUCCGCUUUCUCCCUGAUCGAGAACAUCUAUCCGUGCACUCCGAUCCAAGAGGGUAUGCUGAUCAGCCAACUGCGCAACCCGGAGGCUUACAUCUUCCACGCUGUCUACAAUCUUGCGCACUCGAAUCCCAGCCAUCGCCUCGACGCCGAGAAACUUGCACGGGCGUGGCAGAAGGUAGUUGACCGUCACGCCGCCCUCAGAACCAUUUUCAUCGAGAGCGUUCGCCGCGGCGGCGUCUUUGACCAAGUUGUCCUGAAGAAGGUGGACUGUGGAGCCGUCAUUCUCAACGGCAGCGACCAAGACGCGAUGAAAAAGCUCAACCAAGUCACCCUUGCCAAAGCCAAGCGGCCACAGCUCGCCCAUCAGCUUGCUCUGUGCACGACGAGCAGUGGGAAGCUCCUCAUGAAGCUCGAAAUCAACCACGCCGCUAUGGAUGGCGGCUCCCUUGCUAUCAUACUCGAGGAACUGACAUCUGGUUACAUGGGCGGUCUCACCAGUGGCCCCGGUCCUUUGUUCAGCGACUAUGUCCAGUACAUCUGUGACAUGCCUGCAGGAGAGGACAGCGACUAUUGGAUGCGUUAUCUGAAGGGCCUCGAGCCAUGCUACUUCCCGAACCUCAACAGCAGCACCAUUACCCUGGUCUCCGAGAACAGAAAGUUGCGCUCGACGGCCCUCGAGUUCAACCGCUACACCGAGCUCCGUCAGCUUUCCGAGCGGACGCAGGUCACCCUCGCCAACAUCAUGCACGCAGCCUGGGCUUUUGUGCUGCGCAAAUACACUGCGUCUGAUGAUGUCUGCUUCGGCUACCUCACCGCAGGCCGCGACGCACCGGUUGAGAACAUUAGCCGCACGGUUGGUACGCUUAUCAAUAUGCUCUGCUGUCGGGUUCGGAUCUCCAAGUCGAAAUCACUCGAGGAUGUCUUCAUGAUGGCGCAGGAGGAACACCUCCAAAGCAUCCAAUUCCAGCAUUGCUCCCUGGCCCGUGUGCAACACGACUUGGGCAUGGCGGGAAAGCCGAUGUACAACACCUCGGUUUCGAUCCAGAAUCAUGGUGAGGCUGAAGAGGGAGGUGGCCAAGACACCAUUCUGUUUAAUAUGGAGAAGGGUCAUGAUCCCAGCGAGUACGCCCUCACGGUCAACAUCGAAACUUCGAAGAAUAGCGAGGGUGUCAUCUUCCGAUACUGGUCUGACCAUAUCACCGACGAACAAGCCCAGGAAGUGGCCCGUUUCAUGGCCCAAGUCCUGGAUGCUUUCAUCACGCAACCGAAGCAAGCCGUUAGGGACCUGGAUGCGGCACUCAGCGGCAAGAAGAAUACUAUCCAGCCGACCGAGGACCUCGUGGUCGAGCAGAUGGAAGAUUCGGGCAUCAUGACGCCGAGAAGCAUAAUCUCGUCAUCCUCCGGCCAUCUCCCCAUGACGCCAAACAAUGAGCUGGCUGACCAAGGUGCCUACGAAAAGACACUUCUCUCCUUGUGGGGAACUCUCCUCGACCUUCCUGAGGAUACUAUUGCUGGGCAUGACAGUUUCUUCGACCUCGGAGGAGACAGCAUCACAGCCAUGAAGCUCGCAGGUGAGGCCAGGGAUCACGGCCUAUCACUCACCGUUGCCGAUGUCUUCCGAAACCCAUGCUUCGACGGCAUGGUCGCCCGGGUGCGCACCACGACAGAUCUACACGCCAUUGGCAGCGACCUUGUCAAGAGCAACAGUGGGACCAUGACUCCGCAAUCCAGCAAUGGCGAUUCCUACGAACGGUUUUCGCUCUUGGCGGCGUCAAACGUCGACGCCUUCCUCCAAGCCAGCAUCGUGCCCCAGGUCUGUGUUUUCAGGGGCGGGAUUUCGGACGUCCUCCCCGCCACAGACUUCCAAUCUCUGUCCGUCGCCGGGGCACUCCUCGAAUCCAGAUGGAUGCUGAACUACUUCUACCUCGACGGCAAGGGGCCUCUGAACGUCGUCCACCUCAAACGGGCUUGCUUCCGAGUAGUGCAGGCCCUGGACAUUCUGCGUACUCGUCUUUGUACCUUCGGGCGGUCGCUUCCUGCAGCACCGACACAGGCUGUACUUCGCAUUUCACACGCGCAGUACGACGGCGUGUGCUUCCCCAAGAUUCUUGCCGCCCUUCCAAGCUGGCCUAACAGGGGCGAGGCUGUUCCCCGCCCCCCUACCUUUGCCAAUUAUCUCCGUGCUUCCGCCGGUGCCCUGACCUCGGAACACUACCAGCACUGGAAACAGCUCCUCGCUGGGUCUUCCAUGACCGAGAUCGUGCGCCGCGAUGGGCCCAACUACAACAGAAACUCUGCAGGCACGACUCCCACCUGCCUCAAGAGCACAGCCCGCCUGCCACCCGUCGAGUCCGGCCAUAUCACCACCGCCACCAUCGUCAAGGCCGCGUGGGCAUACGUACUGGCACAAGUCUCGGCCAGCUCCGACAUCGUCUUCGGCCACACCAUCAGCGGGCGCAACGCCGCGGUCGAGGGCGUCGGCAACAUGGUCGGACCCUGUCUCAACCUCGUGCCGGUGCGCGUACAGUUCGGCAGUGGGCCGGACUGGACAGCCCGCCAACUCCUCCGCCAGGUCCAGGACCAACAAGUCGCCAACAUGUCGCACGAGGUGCUGGGCUUCCGCGAGAUCAUCCGCCACUGCACCUCGUGGCCGCGCUGGACCUACUUCGCGUCGACGGUCCAACACCAAAACAUCGACCAGGGCGGCCAAAUGCAGCUGGGCGCCACAGACUACACGGUCGGAUGCGCGUCGAUGGGACAAGAGGACUUCGGCGACCUUUCCGUCCUAUCGCAGCCGCUCGCCGACAACGACACGUACGAAAUCAUGCUGAGCUUUGCCGAAGGCGGUGCCGUGCCGCGCGACUUUGCCGAGCGCAUGCUCGACAUGCUGUGCAGCACAGCGCAGCUCUUUGCCACAGACCCGGACCUUGCUCUCCCGUCCGCCGCCGACCUCUGUGGCAGGCGAAAGCAGAUACCAUUUGACGACGUCCCGGCCUUUUCGGACACCGAAAACAACAACUUGAACAAUACCAACCUGGGAUCGACAACUCCCGGCCUCAAACACCUCAGCGACGAGCAGCUCGCCGAUCUCAACACAGCAGUCAGCUCCGCCUGGCGACAGGUCCUCAACCUCGAAGACCCCGACCAACAAGGGGUAACAAUAACAACAACAACUGAAACACCCACCGCCGCCCACCCCUUCCACCGAAACACCUCCUUUUUCUCCCUCGGCGGCGACAUCAUCGGCCUCGCCCAACUCGCCUGGCUCUUCGGCCAGCAACAGCCGGCCUGGCGCCCGAGCAACACCGCCACCGCUGCUGCGCCGCGCCUCGAGGAGCUGGUCGACAACCCCACCGUCGGCGGGCACAUGGCGCUGCUGGCGCGGGGGAUGCCGCCUGCGGUGGGGGCGGUGCUGCCGGCUUCGCCGGUGGUGGGGGCGGAGGAGAUGCGGAAGGCGGCGACGUUCCCCAUUGUGGGUGGGCGGAGGAGGGAGAGUGCGGGUGUUGGUAAUGUUGCGGGUGGGGGCGGCGGUGGGAAGGGGGAGGGGCAGUCCAAGUUGGCGAAGGCGUUGGGUGGGCUGGUGAAGAGGAGGUUUACGGGUGGGGGCGGGAAGAAGAAGGGCGCUGACGGGGUGGUGGAGAUUGUUGCUUAG